AAAGGAAACAAAAAAAUGACUGCGUUAUUUUGGCUCGCAAAUAGCAGCUGUCAUCUCCCUUGUUUACGCUUUUUUCAUUAGACGGUUUGUGUGCGUCCCAGUGCGUCCAUUUAGUUGAAAUUGUAACAAAUGCAGCUUUAGCACAAGUUUUACCGCCCGAAAUGGAGGAUUCAAACGAUGGAACAUCCGAAGAAGGGGAUGAGGGAACCAGUGGUAAUUCAACGCAAUCGCCUACUUCUUCCUUCGGCUAUGACGAACAAACGAACGAGGACAAUAAUGAUGAUAGCUUGAACGAUUUGUUUUUCCCACGGCCAAUCAAUGUGCUUGAUAAUCCGGUAGUGCACAUGGAAAUCGAGCUGGCACGCGUGCAGCAGGGUAUGUUGUCGCCAGUGAUAUUGCUGAGCAAUGUAAACAACGUGUCUGAGGUGCAAGCCACGAUCGAGAUCCGAACGGAUGGAGGCAACGAUGAGGAAGAUACGGAAACGAUCCCGCUAGGAUCGAACCCAAGCGUCGAGUCGGAUCGACAAGCAACAAACAACGUCCCGGAAGCACAGGCCACUAUCGAGAUCAGAACCGAAGGAAGCAAUACGGGAGAAAACACUGAACCGAUUCCUCUAGGAUCCACCCCGAAUGACGGUACGGAUGGACGAACAGCGAACAAUCUCCCGGGAGCGGUACAAGCACCGCGCGCAAAUAACUUCAACGAAGCCAACGAUGACGAAGAAAUUGUAGCGAUUGCGUUGGAAUUACUUUCACGCCAGAGACCACCGGAUCGUCAGUCCUCUGAACCCGUGGUACUGUCGGACAGUUCACCAAACCGAUCUGGAGAAAUGUUUACACCACGACGAAAAAAGCGGAAAAGAACUGUUUCACCUGUAAAAGUCGCCAGCGCAACGAUCCAUAAGAAGGAAGACGACGAAGAAGGAUUGCUCUGUUCGAUCUGUCUGGAUGAAUGGACGCUGACGGGCGAACAUCGGGUGGUAUCGCUUAAGUGUGGCCAUCUCUUCGGUAUGUCCUGUAUCAAACGCUGGAUGCAGGAUAAACCGGCCGCUAGUCGUAGCUGCGCAACGUGUAAAGCUCGUGCCACCAUGCGGGACAUCCGCUUUAUCUAUGCGCGCUGUGUCAAGGCGGUGGACAAUACGCGCGAGGAAGAGCUGAUGCAAGAGCUGAGCCGCGAGAAGCUGAAGGUGAUUGACCUGAACGUGAAGCUGCACAUAGCGAACGAGGAAAUUGUGCACCAACGCCACGUGAUCGCCACAAUGAAGCAAAAGUUUGAUGCGGUCAGCCGAGGGAUGGAUCUGUUUGGUGACAAAAAACCCGAAUCGUCGACGGAACGUCGAGUCUGCUACAAGCUGUUCCUGGAGAAGAACAUGGAGAUAACACGUGAACCGGGUUGUCGGGCGUUAGCAUAUUCGGCCAAACACCAGAUGUUGCUCAUUUCACAAAAGUCCACCCAACCGCUCUUUCCCGGCUUCUCCAUCCGGAUGGUGCAGGUGCCUGAGUUUACGGUGAGCACUGGUGCGACCUCGAUGCUGGUAUCGUCCCGAUCCGUACGUGACGUUGCCAUCGACGCGUCGGACGAUCUGUUCGCGUGUGCCACGAUGGAGAAGACGGUGAAGGUUUUUUCCAUCCAAAAUCGCACGGUUCAGUGCACGAUUACCCCGAGCCAGGAUGCGGUGCUGUGGUCCUGUGCGUUUGAUAAGGAGCGUCCCAACUUCCUUUACCUCGGAUCCCAUCGUGGUUCCGUGUACGUGUACGACAUUCGGCAGCCAGACCAACUGUUGGAGGAAUUCCGCGUGGGGCACGUACAGCAGGACUACACGGCCGUGAUAAAGAUCAGUCCUGUGGAACCUACCUCGACGAUUCCUUGCGGUGGGUUUCUGGUGUGCAAGCUUAAGUCCGUUUGGUUCUACGAGUACACACCGACCCAGCAGGUCGAAAGCCAUCUGCUUAACAUCACCGGUGCUUUUACCGCCAUGAGCUACAAUCCGGCUAGCGGGCUCAUACUGAUCAGUGUACGACCAACGGUAGACAAACCGACCACGUUGGUGUUGGCCUCGCUCGAGAAGCUUAACGGUGUGUUUGCGCUCAAGACGCAACACACAUUCGAAGGAUCUCGCGUACAAACCGUCAUGUAUCGUAGUGCACAGGUGUACCUGAACAAUGCGGACACAUUGGUAGCGUCGUACCUCGAGGAUGCAAAGAUGCUUUCCACCUGGUGCACCAAUAGCGGCCGCCGAUGGCUACAACAGCUACCGAUGGGCGAGGGCAUACUCGACAUUUGUCCGAUAACGCUAUCGACACCGGCACAAACGUAUCUGGCCGCACUCAGCGAAUGCCGGUGCCGCAUUUACCGCCUGAAUGUAGAGUGACACUGAGGUAACGCGCAAACACAGUUAGUGAUCGCGUGCACUCCUGUAAGAAGAAAUGGUCGGACUGGGUCCGGAACGAUUUGUACAUUUAAAUAAAAGGAGGGAAAACCGAAAGAAAUUCCAAACUACCGACUGUAUGAUAACUGUGCUGACUGCCAUUUAUUUCUGGAUUUGCUGGACAAUUUUGUUGAUGCAACGGUGUGCGAAUGCAUCACAAUGAUGGGUUCGCGCUUACUAUUGAUUUUGAUUUGAACUGCAGAAAUAAAUAGAUAUAUGUGUUACUUUUAAAAUAAUAAGCUUGGGUGUUUUUAUGGAACAACGCAAACACGUACAAAUAACGUUAAUAAUUUAGAAAACGA